CGUGAAAGCAAGGUGAGGUGAGAAAGAGCAACCAGCCGCCGCCAACCUCCGCCGCAAGCAGUCAGUCAUCCUUCACCAACACCACCACCACCACCGCCGGUAUGGUAUGUUGUUCCGUCCCUUGAAUUUCUCUUCUCUCAUUCUUCUUCCUCUCUUCAAAAAACCAUUCUCAAAAACCAAAACCAUUCACUACAACAAAAAAUUCAACUUUUCUUCUUCCACUUCUCUUGCACUUUCUUCCUCACAAACCCAUUUCACAAAACCCUCAAAUUCCUCAUCUUUUGAUCCUAACACCUCCAAAAUCCUCCAAAGACUCGACCUUUAUCGUAACAACCCUUCAGUUGCACUCUCUUACUUCACUCAACUCAAGCAACAUGGUUUCUCUUACAAUAUUCAAACCUAUGUAUCAAUUAUUAAGAUAAUGUGUUAUUGGAAUUGGAUUAGAAAGUUGGAUUCUUUGUUUCUUGAUAUUAUUGCUCAUUCUAAACAUGACCCAUCAUUUAAAAUCAAUGACUUGUUUGAUUCAUUGUUUGAUGAAGAUGUUGUUGUUGAUGUUAAUCAAAAUCAUUACUUGCUUAGAGCUUUUGAUGGGUUUGUUAAAGCUUGUGUUAGUUGUAACAUGUUUGAUGAAGCUAUUGAUUUCUUGUUACAAACUAGGAGGAGUUUCAUUUUGCCAAAUAUACUUUCUUUUAACUUUCUUAUCAACCGGUUGGUUAUACAUGAUAAAAUCGAUAAGGCUUUGGAUUUAUAUGAACAAUUUAAAAGUUUCGGAUUGAUUUUCAACUGUUAUACAUAUGCCAUUGUCAUCAAGGCACGGUGUAGGAAGGGUGAUUUGGAACAGGCAUAUGGUGUGUUUGAAGAAAUGGAGGAAGUUGGGGUGGAUCCAGAUCCGUAUUGCUAUGCGGCUUUGAUAGAGGGUCUGUGCAACAAUAACAGGUCUGAUAUUGGAUAUGGCUUGCUUCAAGAUUUUAGAACAAGGAGUGUCCCUGUAGAUGUUUAUGCCUACACCACGGUUAUUCGUGGAUUUUGUAAUGAAAUGGAAUUAGAUAAAGCUGAGAGUGUGUUUUCAGAGAUGGAAACGCAAGGUCUUGUUCCUGAUGUGUAUAUUUAUUGUGCAUUUGUCCAUGGUUAUUGUAAGAGCCGUAAUGUGGAUAAAGCUAUAGCCAUACAUGAUAGCAUGAUUUCAAGGGGUAUAAAGACAAAUUGUGUCAUUGUUAGUUGCAUCCUCCACUGCUUGAAUGAGAUGGGAAGGGCUUCGGAAGUGGUAGCUAUCUUUGAAGAAUACAAGCAAUCGGGCUUGUUUCUUGAUGGGAAAGCUUACAAUAUUGUGUUUGACUCUUUGUGUAAAUUGGGUAAGUUUGAUGAAGCAGUAGGUAUGCUGGAGGAGUUGAAAUCUUUGCAUAUCGAUUUAGAUAUCAAACACUACACAAACCUUAUUAAAGGUUACUGUCUUCAAGAUAAACCCGAUGUAGCCUGCAGUUAUUUCAAAGAAAUGCAGGAACAAGGGUUUAAACCUGAUGUUGUUGCUUAUAAUGUACUAGCCAAAGGUCUGUUUAGAAAUCUCCGUGAUUGUGAGGCAAUUGACCUUUUGGGUUAUAUGGAUAGUCAAGGUGUGAAGCGGAACUCUGCUACACAUAAGAUUAUCAUUGAAGGUUUGUGUUCAGCUGGCAAGGUUGAAAAAGCUGAGGCAUAUUUUGAAGGUUCGAAAGAUGUUGAAAUCUAUUCCGCCAUGGUUAAUGGAUAUUGUAAAUCUGACCUCGUUGAGAAAUCCUACGAACUUAAGAAAACUGUUAUGUUGCUACAUAGAAUGUUGGAGAUGAAUAUGAAACCUAACAAAGAAGUGUAUUCUAAAAUAUUUACUGCAUUGUGCCACACGGAGAAUAUGAAAUGUGCCCUAUCUUUGUUCAAUUCGUUCAUCGAGAUAAAAUGUACACCUGAUGUUGUAAUUUACACAAUUAUGAUUAAUAGUUAUUGUAAGAUGGAUCGGUUGCGAGAGGCCUGUCAUCUCUUUCAGGAUAUGAAGAUAAGAGGGAUUACACCUGAUGUUGUAAUUUACACAGUUAUGAUUAAUAGUUAUUGUAAGAAGGAUCGGUUGCGAGAGGCCUGUGAUCUCUUUCAGGAUAUGAAGAUAAGAGGGAUUACACCUUCUGUUCAAAUUUACACAAUUAUGAUUAAUAGUUAUUGUAAGAUUGUUUGGUUGCGAGAGGCCUAUGAUCUCUUUCAGGAUAUGAAGAUAAGAGGGAUUACACCUGAUGUUGUAAUUUACACAGUUAUGAUUAAUAGUUAUUGUAAGAAGGAUCGGUUGCGAGAGGCCUAUCAUCUCUUUCAGGAUAUGAAUAUAAGAGGGAUUACACCUGAUGUUGUAAUUUACACUAGUAUGAUUUACAAUUAUUGUAAGAAGGAUCGGUUGCCAGAGGCCUAUGAUCUCUUUCAGGAUAUGAAUAUAAGAGGGAUUACACCUUCUGUUCAAAUUUACACAAUUAUGAUUAAUAGUUAUUGUAAGAUGGGUCGGUUGCGAGAGGCCUUUGAUCUCUUUCAGGAUAUGAAGAUAAGAGGGAUUACACCUGAUGUUAAAACUUACACAGUUAUGAUUAAUAUUUAUGUUAAGAUGGGUCGGUUGCCAGAGGCCUAUGAUCUCUUUCAGGAUAUGAAUAUAAGAGGGAUUAAACCUGAUGUCAUUGCUUACGAAGUUUUACUUAACAGUUUAUUGAAUGAAAGGAAGAACAAGAUUGCUCUGGAUUUGUAUAAUGAAAUGUCUUUGAAGGGAAUGAGACCAGGUGCAACAUUAAAUCGUCGUAUUAAAGAAGCUACAAGGGUGCAAUUUCAUCAGUAGCUAGUCAGUUUUACUGCCAGUGCUUGGAUUUGUCCCAUAUUUGAAAGUCUAUCUGGUUGAUACCUAAAGAAAGAUUGUUCUUGUUUUUACAGAUUGGAAAGUGACGAGAGGCACAAAUCGAUUACCACGAUGCCAUUGUACAUAGGUAGCUUUUAAGGGAGGAUUCCCAUGCUUGGAAACUUAUCAAUUGGUAUCAUAGCUGAUUGUCGGUGGCUCAGAAAGGGUUACCUACGAAGGGGCUGACUGGAAAGGCAGAGUAAAGCAUCGUAGAGUGCAACGGCUGGGAUGUCAACUCUCUAGGGUGGUGCUAUGGUACGGACUUGGGUAUUUUAGUGUGCCCAAGUCCCACAUCAAGUAGUAUGCGGUGUCCAGUGGAGAGUAUUUAAGUGGCUUGGUUCUUCCCCCUUGUUUGCUAGCUUUUAAAGGAGGAUUCUCUACGAGCUCGGAUGCUAAUCAAUAGUGUUGGCACUUCUUUUGAUAGUCUAAGAGAUGGUUCUGAAAAACAAUCUCUAAGAGAUGGUUCUGUAGAUCUUCUAUUCACUCAAUACAGGAAUCUUGCUAGCAUCAUUGUGAAAGAGACAAAAAGAAAUGCUGCCAUGUAUCCGUAUACCAGAUCUUUGGCGAAUUGACUUAAAAAGAUAAAAGGAAGUGUUUGCUGCAGCAAUUAUAAAACUGAGACAGCAGUAGUCGCCAGCAGCUUCAUGAUACCAGUAUGACUUUUAUAUCGACGGCAGCAUCAGCCCGAGGUAAGUAAAUUCCGCAAUUUAUAACUUUGAUAUUCACAAUGGCGCAAAUAAAAUCUUUGGAAAGGUAACUGUGGAUAAAUAUUACUGUUGUGCUAUAGGUCUUAAGUUUAACUUAAUGAUGAUAUGAAUGUGUGCACACACGGAAGGAAGGUCAUAACAUUUAUAUGAAAGUAUUUGAUUUUGAUUAUGCUUCAAUACUUAUCUGCUAGAUAUGUUGUCGUGGUUCAAGGCUUAGAUACAGCAAAAUAUAGGUACCAAAACAUCGUUUUAGCUUAGAAUGCCAGUUGUUGUAUAUAUGUUAUUUAAUGUUCAUAGCAUAAUGUUUCCAUUGCAGUGUCAAUGUUGAGAAAAGGAUGAGUUUUUGAACAAAUCAUCCAAGAUGGCAUGAAGAUGUUUCAGUGUGCAGUAACGGUGUAAGAUUAGAGGAACCUAUUGACAAACCUGCUUCUUCUGCAGUGAAUUUCUUCGGAACCAAGACUCGAGAGUGAAUGAGAAAAACCAAAUCAUCGGGCUAUGCAAUGCAAAUAAUUUAAGAUAAAAAGCUAGAAGCAAUCAAUGAUUCUGUAAAUGCAAAUAAUUUAAGAUAAAAAGCUAGAAGCAAUCAAGCAAUCAAUGAUUCUGUAAUGUUUGAUCAUUGUAGUAGUUUGAAGCAAUGUAAGGUGAAUAAUACAGAUGUACAUGAUUAGGAUAUAGCUGAAGUAAAUGAUAGUUUUAGAAAGGAAGAAAAGAGUCAUGUAUUGUUAUGUAUCUUGAUGUUAUAUAUAGUAUGUCAUAUUUGACAUGAUAUUAAUAUCAUGGCACUUCUAC